GGAUUAAGUUUCUCGGUCGCGCGUGAGUGUGCGCGUUUAUCCCGAAGCUCCUGGCCGGGCCGUUACUUCAGGAGAGAAGAGGGCGAGCGGGAGCGAGGCGAGGCUCCCGAGUCCCCGGCGACCCCGGCUCCCCAGCCCUCCUCCCCCUCCGCGUCCCCGCCCGGGCGGCCGCCGCUAGCCGGAGUUCUGUUUUAGUUGCUGUUUAAAAUCAUUGUAGUGAAGAACACUGAACUUCGGAAAAAAAUGUUAGAAACUAUAGACAAAAAUCGAGCCCUGCAGGCAGCAGAGCGCUUGCAAGCCAAGCUGCGAGAACGUGGAGACGUAGCCAAUGAAGACAAGCUGAACCUUCUCAAGUCAGUCUUGCAGAGCCCGCUCUUCAGUCAGAUUCUGAACCUUCAGACUUCCGUACAGCAGCUGAAAGAGCAGGUAAACACUGCAACAUUGGCAAUUUCAAAUGUCGAAUAUGCUCACAUUCCACAUCUCAGUCCAGCUGUAAUUCCUACUCUGCAAAAUGAAUUGUUCUUAUCAUCCUCAAAUAAUGGGAAUCUGGAAGCAUUUACAGGAUCUGGUACUCCACACAUCAAUGGGAAACCUGCUUGUGAUGAAUUUGAUCAACUAAUCAAGAAUAUGGCCCAGGGUCGCCACAUAGAAGUUUUUGAGCUCCUCAAACCUCCAUGUGGAGGUCUUGGGUUUAGUGUUGUGGGACUCAGGAGCGAAAACCGGGGAGAACUGGGAAUAUUCGUGCAGGAGAUCCAAGAGGGCAGUGUGGCCCACAGAGAUGGAAGAUUGAAGGAAACCGAUCAGAUCCUUGCUAUCAAUGGACAGGCACUUGAUCAGACAAUUACACAUCAGCAGGCUAUCAGCAUCCUGCAGAAAGCCAAAGAUAAUGUCCAGCUAGUUAUUGCCAGAGGCUCAUUGCCUCAGCUCAUCAGCCCCAUAGUUUCCCGUUCUCCAUCUGCAGCCAGCACAAUUUCAGCUCACUCUAACCCUGUUCACUGGCAGCAUGUAGAGACUAUUGAACUGGUGAACGAUGGAUCUGGACUGGGAUUUGGCAUCGUCGGAGGAAAAGCAACUGGAGUGAUCGUAAAAACCAUUCUGCCUGGAGGAGUAGCUGACCAGCAUGGGCGACUGUGCAGUGGAGAUCACAUUCUAAAGAUCGGUGACACGGAUCUAGCAGGAAUGAGCAGUGAGCAAGUAGCACAAGUGCUCAGGCAAUGUGGAAACAGAGUUAAACUGAUGAUCGCAAGAGGGGCCGUAGAAGAACCAGCAGCACCCUCCUCUUUGGGCAUCACCCUUUCCUCAUCCCCAUCUUCUGCACCAGAAAUGCGGGUUGAUGCUUCUACUCAGAAAAGUGAAGAAAGUGAGACAUUUGAUGUAGAACUCACUAAAAAUGUCCAAGGAUUAGGAAUUACCAUUGCUGGUUACAUUGGAGAUAAAAAAUUAGAACCUUCAGGAAUCUUUGUAAAGAGCAUUACAAAGAGCAGUGCUGUUGAACAUGAUGGAAGAAUCCAAAUUGGAGACCAAAUUAUAGCAGUAGAUGGCACAAACCUUCAGGGUUUUACCAACCAACAAGCAGUAGAGGUGUUGCGACACACAGGACCAACUGUGCACCUGACACUAAUGAGAAGAGGAGCGAAGCAGGAGGCUGAGUUCACGUCAAGGGAGGAUGUCACAAAGGACGCAGUUUCGUCUCCUGUGAAUGCCAGCGGAAGCAAAGAAAAUUACGAAAAAGAUGAAGAUUCUUCAUCUUUGAGUAGAAACACCAGCAUAUUACCAAUUGAAGAAGAAGGUAAACACCUGGAGCCAGGUUAUCCGUUAUUGUCAGCAGAGAUAGAAGACAUAGAAGAUGCACAACAACAGGAAGCUGCCCUGCUGACAAAGUGGCAAAGGAUUAUGGGGAUUAAUUAUGAAAUAGUGGUGGCCCAUGUGAGCAAGUUCAGUGAGAACAGUGGGUUGGGGAUAAGUCUGGAAGCAACAGUGGGACAUCAUUUUAUCCGAUCUGUUCUACCAGAAGGUCCUGUUGGACACAGUGGGAAGCUUUUCAGUGGAGAUGAGCUGUUGGAAGUGAAUGGCAUAACUUUGCUUGGGGAAAAUCACCAAGAUGUGGUGAAUAUUUUAAAAGAACUGCCGAUAGAAGUGACAAUGGUGUGCUGUCGACGAACCGUGCCACCCCCCAGCCAGUCAGGGUUGGAUAGCCUGGACUUACGUGAUACUGAACUGACAGAAAAGCCUUAUGUAGAUCUGGGCGAGUUCACUGGGUCCUCGGAGACUGAGGACCCUGUGCUGGCGAUGACCGAGGCGGGUCAGAAUGCGGAGGAGGUUCAAGGACCUUUGGCCAUGUGGGAGGUUGAUGUGCAGCAUAUCGAGCUGGAGAAAGGAAACAAAGGACUUGGUUUUAGCAUUUUAGAUUAUCAGGAUCCCAUUGAUCCAGCAAGCACUGUGAUUGUAAUUCGUUCUUUGGUGCCUGGCGGCAUUGCCGAAAAGGAUGGUCGACUUCUUCCUGGAGAUAGACUCGUGUUUGUCAAUGAUGUUAACUUGGAAAACAGCAGUCUUGAAGAAGCUGUGCAGGCUCUGAAGGGUGCGCCAGCAGGAUCUGUGAGAAUCGGAGUUGCUAAACCAUUACCUCUUUCACCAGAAGAAGGGUAUGUUUCUGCUAAGGAGGAUUCCUUUCUCCACCCACCACACUCCUGCAAGGAGGAAGGGCUGGCUGACAGAGCCCUCUUCAGGGCUGACUUGGCUCUGGUGGACACAAAUGAGGCCGCCUUAGAUGAAUCGACACUGGAGUCUCAGUACUCUCCUGAUAAUGGCAGUAUCUACUCCACUCAAGCCUCUAUUUUAUCUCUUCAUGGAAGUGCUGGUAGUGAUGGCCUGAACUCCGGUCCCCCCCUCCCAUCUUCUCCUCCCAAGGAUGUUAUUGAAAAUUCUUCAGAUCCAGUACUUGAUCUGCACAUGUCCUUGGAGGAACUAUACACCCAGAAUCUCCUGCAAAGACAGGAUGAGAGUCCAUCUUCAGUAGACUUGAGCAUGGGGCCUGCCUCUGGCUUUACUGUAAAUGAUUAUACCCCUGCAAAUGCUAUUGAACAGCCGUACAAAUGUGAAAACACAAGAACGUGGGCUGAAUCUCACCUACCAAAUGAAAUGAUAUCAAGUGCAGAACUUACUUCUCCCAUGCUACCUGAUUCAACUGGAAAGGGCUCCGAGUUCUUAAUUCAGCAGAGCUCCCUGACCUCAACUGCGGAGUGCGUCAUGCUCCAAAACCUGUCCAAAGAAUCGUUUGAGAGGACUAUUACUAUAGCAAAAGGCAACUCCAGCCUAGGGAUGACAGUGAGUGCUAAUAAGGAUGGCUUGGGGAUGAUCGUUCGAAGCAUUAUUCAUGGAGGUUCCAUUAGUCGAGAUGGCCGGAUUGCUGUUGGGGACUGCAUCUUAUCUAUUAAUGAAGAAUCUACUAUCAGUUUAACCAAUGCCCAGGCACGAGCGAUGUUGAGAAGACACUCUCUCAUUGGGCCUGACAUAAAAAUUACUUAUGUGCCCGCAGAACAUUUGGAAGAGUUCAAAAUAAGUUUGGGGCAACAAUCUGGAGGAAUAAUGGCCCUGGAUAUUUUUUCUUCAUCCUCUGGCAGAGACAUUCCAGAACUACCAGAGCGAGAAGAAGGAGAGGGAGAAGAAAGUGAGCUUCAGAAUUCAGCGUACAGUAAUUGGAACCAGCCCAGGCGGGUUGAACUGUGGAGAGAACCAAGCAAAUCUUUGGGCAUCAGCAUUGUUGGUGGAAGAGGCAUGGGGAGUCGUCUAAGCAACGGUGAAGUGAUGAGGGGCAUUUUCAUCAAACAUGUUCUUGAAGAUAGUCCAGCUGGCAAAAAUGGAACCUUGAAACCUGGAGAUAGAAUAGUAGAGGUGGAUGGAAUGGACCUCAGAGAUGCAAGCCAUGAGCAAGCUGUGGAAGCCAUUCGGAAAGCAGGCAACCCCGUAGUCUUUAUGGUACAGAGCAUUAUAAACAGACCAAGGAAAUCCCCUUUGCCUUCCUUGCCGCACAACCUUUACCCUAAGUACAACUUCAGCAGCACUAACCCAUUUGCUGAUUCUCUACCGUUCAACGCUGACAAGGCACCCAGUCAGUCAGAAUCAGAGCCGGAAAAGGCUCCAUUGUGCAAUGCGCCUCCGCCCCCUUCUUCAGCAUUUGCAGAAAUGAGCGGUGAUCAGACACAGUCGUCUUCUGCAAGCAAAAUCCCAGAAGAUGUGGACAAAGAGGAUGAGUUUGGUUACAGCUGGAAAAAUAUCAGAGAGCGUUACGGAACCCUAACAGGAGAGCUACAUAUGAUUGAGUUGGAGAAAGGUCGUAGUGGUUUGGGUCUAAGUCUUGCUGGGAACAAAGACCGAUCCAGGAUGAGUGUCUUUGUAGUGGGGAUUGAUCCAAAUGGAGCAGCUGGAAAAGAUGGUCGACUGCAGAUUGCAGAUGAGCUUCUAGAGAUCAAUGGUCAAAUUUUAUAUGGAAGAAGUCAUCAGAAUGCUUCUUCAAUCAUUAAAUGUGCUCCUUCUAAAGUAAAAAUAAUUUUUAUCAGAAAUAAAGAUGCGGUGAGUCAGAUGGCUGUAUGUCCUGGAAAUACAGUAGAACCUUUGCCUUCUACCUCAGAGAAUUCUCAAAAUAAGGAGGCUGAGCCAAGUGGUACUACUUCUGAUGCAGCUGUGGACCUCUGUUCAUUUAAAAAUGUGCAACAUCUGGAGCUUCCCAAGGAUCAAGGGGGUUUGGGCAUUGCUAUCAGUGAGGAAGAUACGCUCAGUGGAGUCGUCAUAAAGAGUCUAACCGAGCAUGGGGUGGCAGCCAAGGAUGGACGGCUCAAAGUUGGAGAUCAGAUUUUGGCUAUAGAUGAUGAAGUCGUUGUUGGCUAUCCUGUUGAAAAGUUUAUUAGCCUUUUGAAAACAGCAAAGACAACAGUGAAACUUAGCAUUCAUGCUGAGAAUCGCGACCCCCAGGCUGGGACGGCCAGUGGAGAACAGAAGAGCAGCUCCUUGUCUCUGACGGCCCCGUCUUCUGGCUCCCCAGAACCAGAGUCCAUCCCAAGUACAAGCAGGUCAUCAACACCAGCGAUCUUUGCUUCUGAUCCUGCAACCUGCCCCAUUAUCCCAGGCUGCGAAACAACAAUUGAGAUUUCCAAAGGGCGAACAGGGCUGGGCCUGAGUAUUGUUGGAGGGUCGGACACUCUGCUGGGUGCCAUUAUUAUCCACGAAGUUUAUGAAGAAGGAGCAGCUUGUAAAGAUGGAAGACUCUGGGCUGGAGAUCAGAUUCUAGAGGUGAAUGGAAUUGACUUGAGAAAGGCCACGCAUGAUGAAGCAAUACAUGUCCUGAGACAGACCCCACCAAGAGUGCGCCUGACGCUCUACAGAGAUGAGGCCCCAUACAAAGAGGAAGAUGUGUAUGACACCCUCACUGUUGAGCUGCAGAAGAAGCCAGGGAAAGGCCUGGGAUUAAGUAUUGUUGGGAAAAGAAAUGAUACCGGAGUGUUUGUGUCCGACAUCGUCAAAGGAGGGAUUGCCGAUGCUGACGGAAGACUGGUGCAGGGAGACCAGAUACUAACGGUGAACGCAGAAGAUGUCCGGCACGCCACCCAGGAAGCUGUGGCCGCUUUGCUGAAGUGUUCCCUAGGCACAGUGACCUUAGAAGUUGGAAGAAUCAAAGCCGGUCCAUUCCAUUCAGAGAGGAGGCCUUCUCAAAGCAGCCAGAUGAGUGAAGGCAGCCUGUCAUCAUUCACUUUUCCACUUUCUGGAUCCAGUACCUCUGAGUCACUGGAAAGUAGCUUGAAGAAGAAUGCAUUGGCAUCUGAAAUACAGGGAUUAAGAACAGUUGAAAUAAAAAAGGGGCCUACUGACUCACUGGGAAUCAGCAUUGCUGGAGGAGUGGGCAGCCCACUUGGGGAUGUUCCCAUAUUUAUUGCAAUGAUGCACCCAAAUGGAGUUGCAGCUCAGACCCAGAAACUCAGAGUUGGGGACCGGAUUGUCACUAUCUGUGGCACUUCCACUGAGGGGAUGACUCACACCCAAGCAGUUAACUUACUGAAAAGUGCCUCGGGCUCCAUUGAAAUGCAGGUGGUUGCUGGAGGAGAUGUGAGUGUGGUCACAGGUCAUCAGCAGGAGCCAGCCACUUCCAGUCUUUCUUUCACUGGGCUGACAUCAAGCAGUAUAUUUCAGGAUGAUUUAGGACCUCCUCAGUGUAAAUCUAUUACACUAGACCGAGGACCAGAUGGCUUAGGCUUCAGUAUAGUAGGAGGAUAUGGCAGCCCUCAUGGAGACUUACCCAUUUAUGUUAAAACGGUGUUUGCGAAGAAUGGACAGGACCACACAUUGCAACAGUUCAGGAGGUGUUCUCCCCAGCACUCCAUGGUAGACUCGAGAGGAGCAACUUAACCAACCAAAUUAAAGUUUGAGUAAAUAUGUGGGAAUACCCCAAGGAGAACAGUCCCAGGUAAGUGUCUGUACUUGCCUGAGUAGCAUCUCCCCAAAACUCACAGCCACGAGGAACCAUAGAAUGUGAUCUCAUUUGGAAAUAGGGGCUUUGCAGAUACAGUUAGUUAAGAUGAGAUCGUGCUGGGCCCUAAAUCCUUAAGGUCUUAUCAAGACACAGAGACAUAGGGAAGGAAGACCAUGUAAAGAUGGAGCAAAAAAAACCCCGCAAGACCACCUUGGGAGCUACCAGAAGCUGGAAGAAGCAAGGAAGGAAUUUUUCUGGGGUUUUCAGAGGGAGGUUGUCCCUAUUGACACCUUGAUUUCAGACUUCUGGCCUCCAAAUCUGUGAAAGAAUAAAUACCUGCUGUUAUCAUCCACUCAGUUUGUGGUACUUUUUUAUGGAGGCCUGGGAACACUAGUAACUGUGUCUUAAAUGUUUUUAUAUUCAUAGCUACCAUCAUUGGACCUGACUAACAGGAGAAGAGCUGUACAUGUGUGUUGAGCAUGCAAAUGAUUAAAUUAUAGGUCAUGAUUCAUUUCAUGGUAUUAAUAUUGUUUUAAUUAGCUAGCUGCAGCCUUUAUGCUAAUGCAGAAACAAAACAAAACAGUGGGCAUGCCACUGUGAGGAUAUAGAAACACUGAGGAAAACCUAACCUCCUGAAUUGCUACUCAUUAACAAAGUCAGCACAGGAAAGAGGAGGGAGGGAGGGAGGGAGGAAGGAGGAAGGAAGGGAAAGAUUGAGAGGAAUAUAUAGAUGCAUUAGCAUUGGAGAGACGUGACAAAGGCUUAUGCUUCCUGUAUUAUUAUUUUGUGUAAAUAUAAGAGUUCUCUGCGGAAGGAAGUGUUUGAGCAAAGAGUUUGAGGACUUGAACCUUAACUCAAGACAGUGAAUUACUCAUAAUAGGUGGCAUAUAAUUGCUCAUGUGAUUAAAUCACACUGGUGAAUACUACACAUUUCUGGUGUUCUUUGUGAUCCCUCCCAAAGGACGAUGAUGAUCUGUAACACUAAGGAUAACAAUAAUAAUAAGGCACCACCUGGUCUGUAGCUGCGGGAGUCGUCGAGAUGUGGUGUCCAAGUCCAUAGGCUCCAUACAUCAGAACAGGGAUGGAGUAGGGAGCAUGAAAACAUGAAAAUCAUGAAAGACGAGACAAGAUUUGGGACAGGUUUUUGUUUGUUUUGGGGCAUAGUGGUAAAGCAGAGCGUGAUAGGUUUGGUGAAGCAAAGGAACCUCUUCCUUGCUCUGAGGUGACCGGCCCUACGUUGCAUUAGGUCUGGUCAGCUGGCUUCUUGUCUGAGGACGGUGUGCACUGAUUGACAGGCUUUCUUGGUGAGUAGAGAAGUUGAAAGGAUGCCUGCAGGGAGACAGGACUAAACAGCUUUUUUUGGGGGGGCGGGUCUAGGUGUGGGAAUAUCAAAACUAUCAUCACCUGCUUCCUGCAGCCCUGGUGUGUUGUUUCAUGCCAGUGACAAGUAUUCUGGAAUGCACGUGAUUUAUGCAAAGAUGUUCCUCAAUUUUGUCUACUAGGAAUUAAUGCUUAACUUUGCCCUUUUCAAAAGAGAGUUAUUUGUAAGGCAGGAUUAGCCUCUGUCACCUCAAAUGGAAAAAAAAAAAAUUGUAGGCGACAAAAUUUCUAAAUGAAAGAGCAUGAAAACUAGAUAGAGCAAAUGUUUUAAAGGUGACUUUUGUAUACUUGGUAUUGCGACUGCUUUUUCCCUUCAGAAUAUAGGGAGGCAGUCCAUAUUCAUUUUGAUGUAAAUUAGAAAAAAUUGUAUUAUCUGAGAAUUUUACUUAUUGGAGAAGUACUGAAAGUUCAAUAGCGGGCCCUUAGAA